GAUGCUGAGAGCUGCCAGGCGAGAGUGCGGGAGCUGGAGGUGGAGCUGCAGGAGCUGCAGCAGCUGCGACGAGCUCGAACUUUCCUUCUGAGCAGUGAGGAUGAUGGCGUGGCUCUUACCCAGACUGUCCUCAGUAUCACCCCGGAGACCGACACCUUUUUGGAAGUGGAGGUCGGGGAGACGGGAGGAGGCGUCAGGGAGGAGACCGCGGGUGGAGGAGGUGUUGGAGGUGAGGCGUUACCCGAUUCCAGUCCUGUGAGGAAAAGCUGCAGCGACACGGCGCUCAAUGCCAUCGUGGCCCGGGAUGCGUCCGGCAGAAGGAGAGGCAGCUACGCUCUGCACGCCAAUAGCGUGAGGAAAAGAGGGAUGUCCAUCCUAAGAGAGGUGGAUGAGCAGUACCACGCCCUGCUGGAGAAGUACGAGGAGCUGUUGGGGAAGUGUCGACGACACGAAGAGAGCCUGUGUCACGCCGGCGUCCAGACUUCCCGGCCCGUCUCCAGGGACCCGUCUAUGAAAGACUGUGCCAUGGGCCCCAUCGUGGCACCUCCCCCUACUCCCACCCAAUCGCCGUCCACCCCUGAAGCCAUCGAGAGCAUCAGCAAACAGGUGGAGGCGGUGGAUAAGCGGCUGGGGCAGAACACUCCAGAGUACAAAGCCCUUUUUAAGGAGAUCUUCUCUCGUAUCCAGAAGACUAAGAUGGACAUCAAAGCUACCAAAGCUGCUAAAACUAGCAAACCUGGUAAAUCUGGUAAAUCUAGUAAACACUAAAUUUACACCGACUGGCUCUAGAGACGGUGACAUCAUUGCUUGUUCAGUGUUAGGUUGCGAAGGUGCCCGGUGCGAACGUUCUUAUAGAGGGUGCUGCUUUUAAAACCACUAAAUUGAAUUAUGGUUCAGGUUGACGGAGGUCACGUCAGACUCUUGUGAUCGAGAGCUGAAACCUUCUGAUUUGCAUGCGAUCAAUCUGUAAACGUUGGAGAACUUAAGCAUAAAAACAUAAACAGUUUAAUUUCAGCCUGGUCCAAAGUCUGUUCUGGCUUCACUGCCUUACUAACUAUACUUAAAACACUAUUACGCAGCUUGUGGGCCUGACCAGUACACCAAAAGCUAAAGUUUCACAAAAACGAAUAAAACUGCAUAUCUGAGAGAAA